AUGGGCCGCCGCACCGGAGCCAGCCUACUCCGUGCCCUGCUGUUUGCGUCGCUCUUCGCGGGGUUCGCGGCGCAUCUCGCCGCGGGGGAGAAGGACUGCUACGACGAGAAGGACAUGAUCAUGAGCAUCUGCAUAGAGAGCAUCAAGAAGCAGGGCUUCUACACGCCCCCAAGCCCGGACUGCAGCAAAGAGGUGAAGAAGGUCGACAUGCCCUGCAUCUGCCGCGUCCUCACCGCCUCCGACGAGCGGACCGUCAGCCCCGUGAAGCUCGUCCACCUCGCCCACGACUGCAAAAUCAAACUCCCCGUCGGGAGCAAAUGCGGAACUUACACCAUCGGGGGGCGGGUGCCACCACCAUCCGCGCAUGCCUGA